CGCCGAAAGGAUUAUUCCUCUCCAAACACCGUGAGUAACGCCAUCAGAUUGGAACUUCGUGGACCUGGACAACUAUUUGGCUACCGCACGAUGUGGCAGGUACUUAAACAAAAGUACAAUCUUCGAGUGAAGAGAGAUGAUGUGAUGAAUUUGCUCCGGGAGCUUAAUCCUCGAGGGUGUGAGAGCAGAACACGCAGAAGGUUUACAAGAAGAACCUACCACUCAAUGGGACCUAACUAUAUGUGGCACGCAGAUGGUUAUGAUAAACUUAAGCCAUUCGGUUUGGCCAUUUCGGGAUGCAUAGAUGGAUUUUCACGUAAAGUACUGUGGCUUGAAUGUGGACCAACAAAUAAUAACCCAACGGUGAUUGCUCACUAUUUCAUGUCAUGUGUGCAAAACCUCGGUGUCAUCCCCAUGAGACUGAGGACUGAUUGCGGCACUGAGAACGGCAUAAUGGCUGCAAUUCAAUGUACCCUACGCCACCAUCACAGUGACUACUACUCUGGAGCGUCCAGCCACAUGUACGGCUCAUCUAUAAAUAACCAGCGUAUUGAGUCCUGGUGGUCUAUAUUUAGAAAGGGGAGGUCUCAGUUCUGGAUGGAGUUAUUUACGGACCUUAGAGAUGCCGGAUACUUUAACGGGAGUCAUGAGCAUCAGUGUCUCUUGAGAUACUGCUUCGGUGAGGUUAUUCAGAAGGACUUAGAUGAGUGUGUGAGACUGUGGAACAGUCACAGGAUUCGCCCUUCCAGAACAGCAGCAUGUCCAGGAGGAGUGCCCAAUGAACUCUACUACUUACCACACAGGUUUGGUUCCAGAGACUGUGCAUUUCCAAUUCAACAGGCUGAAUUGGAUGCCCUUCCUGAGGCUAGCCUGUUCAUUACUCCUUUGGGGACCCAAACAUGCAGGAGUACUUGGACUUUGCCAUGGACCACAAUCAGUUACUGA